UUGUCUGCAGGCUAUCCUCUCCCUGCUGCACUGUGCCAAACCUCUCACCGAGGUUUCACUAAGGAUGGAGGACACAGGCAUAACCGAGGAUCAGCCGACUUGUGCCCUCUGCCACUGCCCAUUCCCUGAUUUUGAUGCAUUGCCCUGUGGCCAUUACCUUUGCUCAAACUGUAUGGAGGAUGCCCGGUCCAAGGGAGAAGCAGCGGGCAGACUGGAUUGCCCAGUGUGUAUCAAUCCAUCGGUCUCGGAGCCCAGGCUGGAUGGGGCAAGCCAACCAGAGAAAGCUGCUGUCCCCUCCCUCACAGCCGAGGUCCCCCCACCUGGAAGAGACCCUCAGGAGGUGGGCAUAGGUGACCCUGCAGGAAAGCUCCCCGGUGAUCCUAUAGAGAGACAGUGCCGUGAACACAAGGAGCCUCUGGAGUUCUACUGUGAAGACGAUGGAGAGUGUGUGUGUGGGCCGUGUACAAUAACAGGCAAACACAAAUCCCACUCCCUGCUCAGCUUGGAAAAGGCAGAAAGUCACGUAAAGGAAAAAUUGAGAAAAGAAAUUGAAAAUCUCCGGAUAAUUCAGCAGGAUUGUCACUUCAAACACCAAGAUGUGACAAUAUCCGAAUCAGAAAUCAAGACACAAAUCGAUCAGCUGAAAGAAAAUCUCUCAAAGAAGUUCUCUGAGUGGAGGAAGAGCCUGGAGGAGGAUGAAGACUAUGCUGUUAAAAUGAUUGAAGAGGAGGGGAUGAAGGUGUUGUCAAAGAGCGCCAUGUGCUUUGAUGAACUGAACAACAAAAUGCAUCUGAUUAGGCUGAUAGAUGAUGAAACUCAGAACCUGGUCCAUAUGGAUCCACUCUCAUUUAUUCAGAAAUCUAAACAGGUCCUCUCCCGUGUUACUGACACUCAGAAUCAAUCAGAUGUAAAUAUCCCGAAGCUGAUCCUGAAUUUGUACAACGCACCUGAGCUUAUCAAGGAGCGAAUGAAUAAUUCCUUCACCUACCAAUCAGCCAUUUUGGGGACCACAAAUCAGUGGUCGCUGCUGACUCUGGAUCCAGACUCAGCCUACUGGCUCCUGAACGUCUCCGAGGAUGAGAAGACGGUGAUGUUCGGCUACAUGGGUGAGAACUCGUGGCACAACUCCAACAUGUUUGAGAACAUGCACCAGAUCCUGUGCUCUCAGAGUUUCACGGCUGGCUGCCACUCUUGGGAUGUGAAGACAGGUGGCAUCGCCUGGGGGGUGGGGGUGGCCUACGGGACCAUAGACCGGGGAGGGCUGGAGUCUUAUUUCACCAACAGCACUAAGUCGUGGUGUUUAUAUUUCUACCGCGGGUUUCUGACAGCUUGCCAAAAGAACCAACAGACUUACCUCCUGAAGUACCCAGCCAUUAGCAGGAUGCGUGUCCAACUGGAUUACGAGGCCGGCACAAUAUCUUUUUACCAGGUCAGCGAACGUCAGAGGCACUUAUACACCUUCAAAACCACCUUCUCUGAACCUGUAUUUCCUGCAUUCUCAUGUUCAGGCAGUUCCUCCAUAAAACUGUGUUAAAGUCAGGUUUAAAAUAUUGGGCCCAUCCGGUAAUUUUAAGCCAAUUCUCCACAUGGGCAAGGCCAGGGAUCAGAUGGUGCAUUUCACAUCCUGACCCAUUCUCCUUUCCCAGUUAUUUCAAUAAAAUCAGGGUGGGGUGGGGUGGACUGGAGGCUGUGAACCAACAUCACACCCCGAUCCCACCAAACGCACACUGCGCCCCCCAACCCCAACCCCCACCACCGUGGAUCAGUGACAUUAAAAUUACCCCCGAAUGUUGUUGAUGCCUGUUUCGAUCUCUGACUGAUACCUAUUGAUCGAAGCUCUGCCCCAAGUGGAUACUUGGCAAGUCACGGAUUUUUUUUUUGGUGCCACAAUAACACCUUGUAUUUAUAAAAGUGCGUUUAAUGUAAUGCAAUGCCGCAUAGCACCUCAUAGGGACAUUAUAUGAAACAAACUGACCUGAGGCCACCUUAUGAGGUCAGCUGCCUAACAGCUUCGCCCAAGAGGUAGCUUCUGAGAAACAUCUUAAAACAGAAAAGUACAGAGGGUUUAGGGAGACCAUUCCAGAGUAUAUGGACUUGACAAUUAAGGCAUGCUUGCCAAUGGUGAAUUAUUUAAAAUCAGUGAUGCUCAAGAGUUCAGAAUUAGAGGAGCACAGAUAUUUUCAAAGACUCUGAGCUGGAAUUGUUGUUUAGACGUAACAAAAGUAUGAACGAAGCUUUGACAGAUGUAUUCUUAGCAACAAUCAACACUGGAUGACCAUUUUGACCUCAGAACCCCAGAUUUCCUUGGUGAGAACCAAACCUAACAAGAUAUGGGAGAAAAUACCCACCUUGUUUUCAUUAGGAUUGAUCAAUGAGGAUACAGCAAAAGACAGUUUCUGAGGGUGAGUUCAGAGCUGGACAGGGAGUGAGAUGGUUGUAGUCUGGGGCUGAGGUUGUGGGUUCUCUCAUGAAUUUGGGCCUCCAGAUUGUUCAGUUUUCCCUUUUUUUAAAUUCAUUAAUGGGAUGAGGGUGUCGCUGACCAGGCAGCAUUUAUUGCCCCUCCCUAAUUUCCCAGAAGGCAGUUAAGAGUCAACCACAUUGCUGUGGGUCUGGAGUCACAUGUAGGCCAGACCAGGUAAGGACGGCAGUUUCCUUCCCUAAAGGGCAUUAGUGAACUAGGGGGUGUUGUUUUUUUCCCUGACAAUGGGCAAUGGAUUCAUAGUCACCAUUAGACGCUUAAUUCCAGAGAUUCAUUGAAUUCAAAUUCCACCAUCUGCAGUUGUGGGAUUUGAACCCAUGUCCCCAGAACAUUAUCUGGGUCUCUGAAUUAACAAUCCAGUGAUAAUACCACAAGACCAUAUUGGCCAUUCCAAUGGGAGCAGGACUGUCAGGUAGCAACACUCUGUAAGAAAUAUUUUCAAACAUCUUGCUGAAUUUUUUUUUAGAAGAUUAGAUUUCCUACAGUGUGGAAACAGGCCCUUCAGCCCAACAAGUCCGCAUCUCCCCUCAGCCUCCCACACAGACCCAUCCCCCUAUAACCCCCACAUCCCUGAACACUACAGGCAAUUUAGCAUGGCCGAUCCACCUAGCCUGCACAUCUUUGGACUGCGGGAGGAAACCCACACAGACAUGGGGAUAGUGUAGAAACUCCACAGACAGUUGCCUGAGGCUGGAAUCGAACCUGGGUCCCCAGUGCUGUGAGGCUGCAGUGCUAACCACCAUGCCACCCCUAAAUUUGGAGAUCUGGCACCAGAAGGAGACAGAUUGAAGGACCCCUUAACAAAUGGAUUGGAACUCACUGAUUCACCUUAAUCCCCAAAUUAUAUUUUAUGUAGUAUAUGCUGAGGAUAUAGUGCUCACUCUAUGACCCAAACUGCUAACAGUUGUUAUAAGUCCUUAAUGUCCUCUAUAAAUUCCAUUAAAUAUUUGUCAGUGGAACAUUCCAACUAUUCCCAGAUUACAUGAUGGCUAAGAACUCUAGUGUUUCAUUUCAAUCUGGUCCAACUAGGGGUCAUGAGUGAAAAUGUUCACACUGGGGUCAAAGGUUAUCUGUCACAGUAUUAUGAGGUUGGCAGAAGGUUCCUGAAGAACCACUCUUUAUGCUCUAUCACUGUGUUGCUAACAAUGAUGGGACAGAAGAGCUUUUAAUUUGUGCAACAUAAGGUAAGUUUAAUCUGAAUGGAUUUCUUUGUCAUUCCAAAGAAUUGCCCGAAUGAGGUGGGUUUUUCAUGAUUUCUAUCACUAUCCCUUUAACUAUUUGUGAUUGGCAGAUUCCUCUGCCCUAGAUAUUUUGAUUGAUAGCUUCUCAGAAUGUUCUCUUUAAUAUGUUCUUAAGUGUUCUGUGUCAGACGUUUGACAUCUAGAUUUUCUUCAGUAAAUAAACUCUCUAGUUAAUCAUUACAGUUUUCUGUGCCUGUGGAAGUAUAAAACGUAGGUCAGUAAAAGUCUUGUUCAGUGUUUCAUUUUUCCUUUGAUAUUGCUUCAAUCUAGUCUUCUCUGAAUUGACUCCAAAGCAUUUACACCUUUCCUUAAAUAGUGACCAAUAAUGUACUCAGUACUCCACAUAUGGUCAGUGCCCUACAGAACUGAAGCAUGACUUCCCUGCUUUUAUAUUCAAUGCCCCUUGUACUAAAUAACAUUCUAUUCAUUUUCCAAAUUAAUUCCUGUGCUUGCUUAUUAAUCUUUUGUGAUUCAUGCACUGGGACACCGAGACCCCUCUGCAUCUCAGAGCUCUGCAAUCUUUCACCUUUUUGUUAAGUCUUUAUGCAAAAAUGACAACUUCCCAUUUUCUAACUUUCUAUCCCUUUUGACAGAUCUUUUCUCAAUCACACAAUCUAUUUCCCACUGAAACAUCCUGAUGUCCUAGUUAGAGAGGUGUACAGCACAGAAACAGACCCUUUGAUCCAACUUGUCCAUGCCACCCAGAUAUCCUAAAUUAUUCUAUACCCGUUUCCAGCAUUUGGCCCAUAUGUCUCUAAACCUUUCCUAUUCACACAGCUAUCCAGAUGCCUUUUAAAUGUGAUAAUUGUACCAGCUUCCACCACCUCCUCUGGCAGCUCAUUCCAUUCACACACCACCCUCUACGUAAAAAUAAAUUUAGGUCCCUCUUAAAAUUUGCCCACCUCACCUUAAACCCUACCCCAUGGGAAAGAUCUUUCUGUUUGGCCUAUCCAUGCCCCUCAUGGUUUAUAAACUUCUAUAAGGGUACGCCUCAGCCUCCAAUGCUCCAAAAGAAAACUGCCCCACCCUAUUCAGCCUCUCCCUCUAGUUCAAACCCUCCAACACUAGCAACAUCCUUGUAAAUCUUUUCUGAACCCUUUCAAGUUUCACAUCAUCCUUCCUAUAGCAGGGAGACUGGAGCUGCACACAGCAUUCCAAUAGUGGCCUGACUAAUGUCCUGUACAGCUGUAACAUGACCUCCCAACUCCUGUACUCAACGCACAGACCGAUUAAAGACAAGCAUUUCUCUUUGCAAUUUACUAUCGAUCUUUUGUUUCACUAGAAAAUUUAAGAAACAUGCCUUCAAUUCCUUCAUCCAAGUCAUUUCUGUAAAUUGUAAGGAAUUAAGACUCCAGCGCUUAUUCUUGUGACCAAUCUCCCUUAACCAUAGCAUGUGACUUCCUCAAAGAACUUCAAGGUUGGUCAAACAGAUUUUUCCUUACACAAUCAUAUUCACUGUCUGAUUCCCUUAAACCUUUAAGUGUCCGCUGAGUCUUCAAAAAUAGCUUAACAUCUUCCCUCAGACAGCUGUUAAGCUAACUGGCCUGAGUUUCUUGCUUUUUGUGGUAAUAAAGGAGUUUUGCUAUUUCCCAAGCAAAUGCAAUUUUGCCUGAAUUAAGGGUAUUUUGGACAAUUAAAACAGAACUAUCAACUAUCUCUGUCGUGACUUAUCUGCUAAGUGUGUUACGUGUGAGUCUACUAGAAGCUAUGUAUAAAAAUACUCAGGACCUUGUUUUAGGUAAGCAAAAGCAAUGUGUACUGUACAUUGCGCCUUUAACAAAAAAUCAGUCACAUAGACAGCCAAACAGUGCUACAUCCCCAUGGCACACCCUGACCAAUAGAAUCUAGUCUGGUCUGAGAAUUAAGAUGGACAUUUAACUGUUCUUGCUGCAUCACCAUGUCAAUGGUGGUCUAACCAUUUAGCACCACUUCCUUGCUGCAUAAAACAAUUACGUUGUUUUCCCGAAGUCUAUUUCUUACAUCGAGUUCUGAUGAGUGCAAGAUGAAAAGCUCAAACUUCUAAUCUUUUAGCAAUUAAUGUAUCUCUAGCAACUUCAUGUUUUUUGUCCUUCCCACAUUUACAUCUGAUCCACCCUGUUCCAGUUUCCAAGUUGCCUCUUCCAACUCCAACAGUGCUACAUUCAGCUUCUCAAUGCAGGCCAGUUACAUAAAUUAGAAACACUAGUUGUCACAGUAGUUUCUCCAAGUUAACAUCUAUUUCAGUGAUUGUGUGGUUCUCUUGACCAUUUGUAU